CUCCAAUCAUAUAAUAAUAAUUAGCCAUUGUCUCUUCCUUCAAACAGAGCUUAUUACAAAUCCUAAAAACAUCUUAUUUGUCUUUUACUCUGAUAUUUUCUUUCUUCAAAUCUUCCUUUUGGAGCUUUCCUGUUCUCUCCAACCAAGUUCCUCUGUUUAUUUUUUUUGUCUAAGAAACUAGUGUUGAAAAAUCCAAAAUUUUCAAAAUCCAGCUUUUGGCCCCACCAAUCAACAAAGGAUGAGCAAAGUCUUCUUGUUCUCUACAGCAAAGCAAUGCUCACACCGUUUUCAUGGAGCUUAAAAGUCUUCGAAACCUAACCAAGGCUUUGAAAUUCCUCAGAGAGAGAGAGAGAGAAAGAGAGUGAAAGAGAUCUACUUUUAGAGUAUAGGGAUUCGAUCUGUUAAGAGAGAGAGAACGUAGUGUGUGGGUUCUUGUGCUGUUGUGUUUUGUGCAUCUGUUGUUGUUCUUGGGUUUCUCAGAUUAAACAAAAAAAAAAUAGUUUUUUUAGAGACAUUGAAUCUCACACACUUCUUCACACUCACACACGCGUAAAUUUCUCAACUUUAUUUUUAUUUCUUGAGCUUUUGGGUCACUUCUGAAAGCAUCUUGGGUUGCGUGAUACUUCCACUUUCUCAUUUCAGGGAAACAAAAAUGGGUUUAGAUUAAGUGGAAGUGCUAAAAGCGUGUGAAAGCAAAGGUUGAAGAAGAAGAAACUUGAGGGAGGUUUAGGGUCUAUUUGGAUUUAUCUAAUCUAAGAGAAUGAAGCAGAAGGGUAGUAGAGAGAGAGGUGUUGUGGUAGGGAAGAAAGUAAUGGUGGCUGUUAGAGCUUCAAAGGAGAUCCCUAAAGCAGCUCUUCUUUGGACUUUAACUCAUGUUGUCCAGCCUGGAGAUCGAGUUAGGCUUCUUGUUGUUGUUCCUUCCAAUUACACAAGUAAAAAGAUUUGGGGAUUUUCGAGAUUCACCAGCGACUGUGCUUCAGGUUAUGGUAGAUUCCUUGCUGGAACUGAUACAGAUCGGAAAGAUGAUAUUCAUGAGUCUUGUUCUCAGAUGAUGUUCCAGUUACACAAUGUUUAUGAUGCAGAAAAGAUAAAUGUCAGAAUCAAAAUUGUUUUUGCUUCACCUGAUGGAAUCAUUGCUGCUGAAGCCAAAAAAUCCAACUCAAACUGGGUCAUUUUAGACAGGGGACUGAAGUAUGAGAAGAAAUGCUGUAUGGAGCAGCUAGAGUGCAACCUUGUGGUGAUCAAGAAGUCACAGCCAAAGGUUAUUCGUCUCAACUUGGUGAAAAAUGCAGAUACAGCGCAUCCACAAGCUGUUUCCACGUUAACUUCAAAGUCUGUGAGAAGCUCAAGACAAGGAAAAAAGCUGAGGGAGCCGUUUGUGACUCCAGCUAGCAGUCCAGACCAAGAAGGUUCUUCUUCACAGACCACAACCGAUAUGGGAACAACUUCAUCUAUAUCUAGCUCUGAUGCAGGAGCUUCACCGUUUCUUGCCUCUCAAGUCUUUGAGGGCCUCAAUCCAUGGGUCAGUGAUGGAAACAAGAGUUUCUUUGAAUCUGAUUCCGACUCUGAUGGUGAUAAGUGGAGUCCCUUAUCAAUGGCUUCCUCAUCUGUCACAGCAUCUGUUGUCGUGAGUCCUAGUGGGGACUUGUCCAAACCUCACACAGAAACUCCAAGAAAAUCAAGAUUUGCUUCGGUUCUAAGACUCGGUUCAUCGAAGAAAGAGCCUGAAGCGGGAAAGGAGAUCCGUAACUCUGAUACAUGCUUAAACAAAAGCGUGAGAGAAGUGGUUUCAUUAUCAAGAAAGCCAGCUCCUGGACCUCCUCCACUGUGUUCAAUAUGUCAACACAAGGCACCUAAAUUCGGAAACCCUCCAAGAUGGUUUACUUAUGGAGAGCUGGAGACAGCGACAAAGGGUUUUUCUAAAGGGAGUUUCUUGGCUGAAGGUGGGUUUGGUUCUGUUCACAGAGGAACUUUACCAGAUGGUCAGAUCAUUGCUGUCAAACAGUAUAAGAUCGCUAGCACACAAGGUGACAGAGAGUUCUGCUCUGAAGUUGAGGUCUUGAGCUGUGCACAGCAUCGGAACGUGGUGAUGCUUAUUGGACUAUGCGUGGAAGAUGGGAAGAGGCUGCUUGUUUAUGAGUAUAUCUGCAAUGGGUCGUUGCAUUCUCAUCUCUAUGGUUUGGGGAAAGAGCCGUUAGGAUGGUCAGCGAGACAAAAGGUUGCGGUUGGAGCAGCUCGUGGGUUGAGAUACCUUCAUGAAGAAUGCAGAGUAGGUUGCAUUGUUCAUAGGGACAUGCGCCCUAAUAAUAUUCUCCUCACUCAUGAUUUUGAGCCUUUGGUUGGAGAUUUCGGGCUAGCGAGAUGGCAACCAGAAGGAGAUAAAGGAGUUGAAACCAGAGUGAUUGGAACUUUCGGGUACUUAGCACCUGAGUAUGCACAAAGUGGACAGAUUACAGAGAAAGCAGAUGUUUACUCAUUUGGGGUUGUUUUAGUUGAGCUUAUCACAGGAAGAAAAGCUAUGGACAUCAAACGUCCUAAAGGUCAACAAUGUCUCACAGAAUGGGCAAGACCGUUGUUGCAGAAACAAGCCAUUAAAGAGCUGCUUGAUCCACGUCUAAUGAAUUGUUACUCUGAACAAGAAGUUUACUGUAUGGCGCUAUGUGCUUACCUAUGCAUUCGCCGUGACCCUAACUCCAGGCCACGAAUGUCUCAGGUGUUACGGAUGUUAGAAGGAGACGUUGUCAUGAACCCAAUGUAGAAGCUUCAGAGGGAACGGGUCUUCUCAUGGAGUUUGUAGACUACUUAUAGCUUUCGUGUUUAAGAGUUUUGUAUUUGUAAAAUGUAAAAGUCAAAGAUUCAAGUCAUGUCUGUUUGCUGAGAAUUUUGUGUUGGUGAAGUUUGUAAUGUAGUAUGCAUGUAUUUUAUAA